AUGAAGAACGCCCAUCCCAUCGUCAGGGCGACGACUUCCAGUCCGGUCGAUCAGGAUUCCACGGGCCCCGGCAGCGAAUCGGCGGAGCCGAUCAUCCGACUGAAGCUACAGAAACCGCUGCACUGGGAGUGGGAGCUCACGACGUCCGCCGACGCGUUGCCUGUCAUCCAACUAUUGGACAAGAAUGGCCGGUUGCUGGUGGAAACCACCGGCCGAACGGCGCAGCGGGCCAGAGGUUCCUUCAAGAAGGGCCUAAAAACCCACGAACAAUUUCCAGUCGACGAGUCGUGUGCCAACUCGAUAGGCAAAGAGCAAACGUCCUCCACCACGUCGAUGUCUUCCACUGCCUCGCUCGUCACGACGCCGCUUCAGGUUAAUCGUAACAUCGACGGCUUCAGCACUAAAUUCGGUACGUGCAGCUUCGGCCCGCGAAAAUCCCGAAGCGACGUAGACAUUAAAGAAAGACGAAGCAAAAAGAGGCACUUGUCCGCCUUAGAAGACCCAACGAUGAAGACGAAGAUCGAAAGAAACGUAGAAGGUGUAGCGGCAGGAAACAAAAAAUACUCCGCCGGAGAUUACCUUCGACAGCAGAUCAUGAACGAUCUACGUACGCGUAAUACGAUCGGGAGAACUCCGGAGGAGAUAGCCAAGGACAGGUGUAAAAAAGUUAAAGCGUAUCUAAGAAGUCAGAGCGAGACCCUAUUGAGCUUGGUUCGCGAGGAAGAAUACGACGGAUAUGAGACGAAAGAUACUAGAAUCGGAUCGAGCGAGAAGAGUCCCGGAAGUCGUAGCUCGAACAAAAGCGACACACUCAACUCUGAAGAGAAGAAUCCGAAUGGAGAAAACAGAAAGGUGAAACCGUAUCUGCGAACUCGGAGCACCGUAAUUCCGACGGAGAAUUCGGCGAAAAAUAAUUUCAAACCGAACGAAGGGGAUAGAGCCAUUUGCAAGAUAAAAGACGACAUGAACGAGGAGGAGCUGACAAAGAUUAGAACGUUCUUACGCGAAAAGAUACAGCGGCGAAUGAAUAUGGAACAGGCGCGUUCGAGAUCAGCCGUUAAUGUCGACAUUCCGGAAACCGUCGAGAACGUCAGAAUCAGAAAAAGAUACUCGGACUAUAAUUACGAGAACGAUCGAAAAAACUACAGAACGCGAAAGGUGCGCAGUGAGACAAGCAUCCUGCGAUUUGAUCCCGAAAUCCUCGAAAAAGAGAAGUUGAAGUUGAAUAAGCAAAUAGAAAGGGAGAAAUCGACAAAUUGCAGAGAAUGGUCGGAAGAUUCCCAGCUUCAAAGAAAACCGCGUAAUUAUCGGCGAUCAAGGAGCGAGGUCUUGGUCGAAGCUUUGGAACUGAACAAUCGACCAAAAUCGCAAGUCAAAAGGGAAUCGUCGAGUUUGGAACGAAGGAAAUUCUACUGUAAAACCAAGAGCGACAUUUUGCAGGGGCAAGAGGAGACGGAGGCGAUGCCGGUGGUCAGCGUUGAGAAUCUCGCAAAUUCCCUGAGACGUAUAAAGAGCCAGGAAAAUGUGGAGAGAUCUUGGCGGGAAUAUAAAGAGCGGAAAAAAAGCGAGAGAUAUCGCCGAGAAUCGGAGAGAGAAUUACCCGAGGAGGACUUCAUGAGUAAACCGAGAUGGAAGGACCUGCAACGCGAUCUCUGCUCCUCGCGCAACUGCAAGAUUUGCCAAAACUUGAGAAACUGCGUUAAUCCACUUCACGAGAAAUCUCGUGAAGAGAGCGAAGAAUUGUUGACGGAGAAAAAAACAGCGAAAUUUCUCGACGAGACUUCGACAAACAGCAGCAGGCUCGGUACCAGUUUGCAGGAGAAUUAUUUGCUCUUCGAGAAGGAGAACGCGGACGGCUCCCAAUCACCGAUUAUCGCAGAAAUUCAAGUGAAAAAUUGCGACAAUAAUAUCGGCAGCGUGUCUGCAUUGAACAUCAAUUCUCCGAACUAUGAGCAUAACACGAAUCCUUCGAAAAGUGCCUUCAAGAAUUAUCGAGAGUUAUAUCCACGCUCGAAUGUGAAGAAAAGCGACACCUUCAAGAUCGUCGACGGAAGCGAGGAACUGAAGGAACACGUGAACGGUUCUGACAUGAAAAUAAAUGACGGCAACGGCUCCGACAGUGAUUUCGGCUAUCUGAACGGCGAAGGUUCGCUAGCGAACAAAUCGAACGAGGAUAUCACCAAGGACUACUUCAAGAGAGUUUACGAAUUGCUGAAGAAAAGGCAGGAGGAGAUGAGGAAAUCGGUGAAUGAAGCCCGCGAAUUUCCGGGCCACGAGGAUUCUUCAUCUUCAAAUUACGUCGAGGAAAUACAAAGAAAGAGGCAUCGGCGUAAGAAAAAGGACAAAAAUCUGCAAGAACAUAAUAAGAUGGAUCAGGGAAAGGAGACGACAAUGGAGAGACUAUGUGGACAGAAUGGAAAAAUGGAGGAUUGCCAAAUGGGUCAAAACACAGAUACCUCAAACAAGAAGACAACCAGGGAGAUUACCUAA